UAAUUUUCUAAUGCCUAGAAGGAAAACCUGUUUUCGAUCCUCUCUACAAUGCGAGAAAGUUACGCAUGUUACUUCAGUUGACUAAGUAUAAUGGAGUCGAAGAAGAAUGUUGCGAUCAUAGGAGCGGGAGUCAGCGGUUUGCUUUCCAUGAAAACCUGCAAAGAAGGAUUUCGUGUAACCUGUUACGAAAUCACCAACGAUAUCGGAGGAUUAUGGAAGUAUCGUGAAGAAAACGUCCCCGGAGUAGCAUCCGUUUGCAAGAGGACCGUCAUGAACACCAGCAGAGAGAUGAGUGCCUUCAGCGAUUUUCCUCCUCCUAAAGAUUUUCCCAUUUUUAUGCCUCACCAAAUAGUUUACGAUUACAUAACGUCGUAUGCAGAUAAACAUUCUUUAAGAGAUCACGUUCGCUUUCGCAGGAAAGUGACUCUCGUACAAGAAGCGGAAGACUUCGAAUACAAAGGAAAAUGGAAAGUCACCGCCAUAGAUCUUGAAACUUCCAACAAAGAAGUGGACACGUAUGACGCUGUGAUGAUUUGCACCGGAUGCAACAGCAAUCCCUUCAUUCCGUCUCUGCCGGGACUCGAAGAAUUUAAAGGCAAUGUAUUUCAUUCUUGGCACUACAAGGAACCAUCCAAGUUCUCAAAUAGGAGAGUUUUAGUUGUAGGAACGGGCAAUUCAGGUUCUGACGUGGCAGUGGAUUUGUGUGGAGUGGCAAAGACGAUUAUUAUGAGUUCGAAUAACGGAUUAUGGGUUUAUGGAAGAAACAGCCCAUCAGGAGAACCGUGGGAUGUAUACUUCACUUCUCGUUUGAAUCUUUGGCUUUUCGAACGCCUGCCCAAAUUUAUAACAAACAAAUGGAUGAAAAAUAAAUUUAAGAAAUAUUUCAAUACUUCUUAUUUCAAUAUUGUGCCGAAAAAAGAUGUUUUUCGUUGCAUUCCUACCAUAAACGAUUGUAUACUAUUUCUUCUCCUAAACGGAAACAUAAGGAUCAGAGGCAAGAUUAAGAAAUUUACAGCAGAAGGCGUUCUGUUCGAAGGAGACCAAGACGUCACACUUAUCGACGACGUCAUUUUCGCUACAGGGUACAGCUUAGAUCUCCCUUUCUUGCAGAAGAAAACUUAUUCUGAAGAUUUAUACAAUAUCAUUAUUCCUCCAGAUUUGAAACAUCCAACUCUGGCAUUUAUAGGUUUCAUAGAAAUUCCAAGAGCUCUAGCCUUAAUUAUCGAGAUGCAAGCCAUGUGGUUCGUGCAGUUAUUAAAAGGAAAGAUACAAUUACCCCCUCGAGAAAAAAUGAGGAAAAGAAUAUCGAAUUUUAAGAAGGCCAGAAAAGCAAGAUAUGGAGAAGAUUCGCACACCCAUUUAAUCAUGGAAACUUAUGGAGACGAAUUAGCUUCGGAAAUAGGAAUAAAGCCUAAUUUACUUUCUAUGCUGUUUCACGAUCCGGCAUUAUUCUUCUCGUGUCUGAAAGGUCCCCUUCUACCCUAUCAGUACAGAUUACGAGGGCCAUACGCUUGGAUGGGUGCUCGAGAUGCCAUUGUUACUGAUAAAAAACGGUUAUACAACGUGAAGUAAAGCUUUUUUUAUGCAAUAUCUACUCUAUGCAAUUCUGCGUUUCCCAAUAGCAAAACGUGGUGUAUAAAUUUGGGGAAUGUAGGAGUAUACCUGAUAUUCCUAGAAUAAAUAAUAAUAAUGAAAUAUGAAAAAAUAUACUGUAUUUGUAAGUAAUAAAAACUUUGGAUUU